CCUGUCUGAGAAAAAGAUUAUGUAACCCUGACGCUUUGUGUUUAUGCAUUUGUUGUUAAAAUGCAUCAGAAAACUAUUUGCAAACGUCAGGCGCAUGGUCAGGUGAACUAUAGGUUACGUACGCUUCACACAUCUCCUUUCAUGCGCUGCGAUGUAGGGGAGGUAACUUGGUAAACAUUCCGUAGCACAAACUUAGACCAUGACGAAUCUGAGCUGAUUCCACAAUUCCACCUGGGAACCAUGGCAAUAAGGCGAAUAUACAGGGAAUGGCAGCACUUUGUGGAAGAUCCUAUGGAAGGGAUAUCCUACGGACCCCCCCCCCCCCUAGACGACUUUUUUUACUGGGACGCGAUCAUAGAGGGUCCGGUUGGUACACCCUAUGAAGGUGGGACUUUUAUUUUGGACGUGGUGUUCCCCAUGGAAUACCCAGUUAGACCCCCCAAGGUGAAGUUCAAGACACCUGUCUAUCACCCAAACAUCAGCAAGAAAGGCUUGCUGAACUUGGACAUUCUGAAAGAUAGUUGGUACGCGGGGCUCACUCUACCCAAAGUUUUACUGUGUGUGAGAUGCUUGUUGGUGGAUGACAUUAAUGCGGAUGAUCCUUUGGAACCAGACAUUGCCUGCCUGUACAAAACUGACCGGGCGAAAUACGAGCAGACCGUCAGAGAGUGGACGAAGAAAUAUGCCAUGUGAGCUCAGCUCCACAACUCACCAUGUCAACUCAUCUCAACAACUCACCCUGUGAACUCAUCUCCACAACUCACCAUGUCAGCUCAUCUCCACAACUCACCAUGUGAAGUCAUCUCCACUACUCACUAUGUGAACUCAUCUUCACAACUCACCAUGUGAAAUCAUCUCCUCAACUCACCAUGUGAACUCAUCUCCACAACUCACCAUGUGAAUUCAUCUCAACAACUCACCCUGUGAACUCAUCUCCACAACUCCCCAUGUCAGCUCAUCUCCACAACUCACUAUAUGAAGUCAUCUCCACAACUCACUAUGUGAACUCAUCUUCACAACUCACCAUGUGAAAUCAUCUCAACAACUCACCAUGUGAACUCAUCUCCACAACUCACUAUGUGAACUCAUUGUAACAGCAGAAGAUGUGAUCACCUCACCGAACGCAUCGUGUAAACCUCCACAACUCACCAUGUGAAUUCAUCUCCAAAACUCACCAUGUCAACCCAUCUCCAGAAUUCAUCCUUUGAACCCAUCUCCGCAGCACAUUACAGGAACUCAUCAUCACAACUCACCAUGUGAAUUCAUCUCGACAACACAUUACAGGAAUUCAUCAUCACAACUCACCAUGUGAAUUCAUCUCAA